AUGUCUGCCACAGAUGUCACAGACACCACCACCACCACAGACGACCCGAACAACCUCACGACGACCAUCGUGACAACCUCGACAAGUUUAACAACCUCUCCUGCCACGACCGUAAUAGUCACCGACUCUACCACCUCGACCCCCGAAAUCACCACCACAACCCCUCCACCUACAACUACCGUCUCGACCGUCUCCCUUCCUGAUUCCACCACCGUUGUAGUCACGACACCGACUCCGACGACACCAAGCGUAGUAGACGUUACAUCUACCAUUACUCAGACCCCACCGACCACCAACAACGAUACUCCCACCCCUUCAGUCAUUGUAGUCACUUCUACGCUUCCUCCCGAUGACACCAGUAGCAGCACCGCAACGUCCAGUAUCACAUCAACGCUAUCUUCAGCUAGUUCCUCACCCUCGGCCUUGAGCGCGUCUGGAUCGGGAUCCAGUUCCAGCAGUGGCCUUGGUUCUGGAGCCAAGAUUGCCAUUGCGGUUGUGAUCCCCAUUGUGGUGAUUGCCGCGGCACUCUUGAUUGGGUUCUUCCUAUGGCGGAAGAGAAAGGAUCGAAAGGACGCGGAAGAGUUGCGCAAGAAUGAGAUGGCCGAGUAUGGGUUCAACCCGAACAACGACCCCACACUGGUGGCCGGGGCUGGUGCGUAUACGGACAAUCAGUCGGAAGCCCAAGAUGACGGCAGUGGAUAUCGAGGAUGGGGAGCCACCUCUUCCGGCCGCCAGGCUUCCACGACACUUGGUUCGAAUGGACGAGGCAACAAUGGCAUGGCUGUGUCAGAGAGUAGCAGCCAGCCUGGAGGUUACGGCAUCAAAGAUUCACCCAAUGGCGCGUCCGACGCAUACUCGGCUGAUCCUUUGAUGAACGGUCACCCUGAAGGCGGUGAUGGUGUGGCGGCGUUGGGUGCCGGAGGACUGGCGCGAAAUCGUAGCGACGCCGCAGGUAUUCGACGAGGGCCAUCUAACGCGUCCUCGGCCUACUCGACAGGUCAUCAAUCCGAAGCUUCGUCUGACACGCCUGGUGCAUCAGGUCCAUACUACCAGGAAGAAGUACCGUACAACAUCUACAACGACGCGGCUCCCAGUCAUGGCCCAUACGGUGACGGCUCUUAUGGCGGCGUUGGAGGUCAGCCUGUGAUACGAGACGUUCAAGCAAGACGAAAUACUCGGAUCGAGCGGGCCCCAACAUUUCCUCAAAAUCAAGGUGGAAUUGCACAAAACUUCUAG